AUGACCCAUUUUCUCAGAGUUGCUAAUGCUAUAGAAGAUAGAGACCCGAAAAUCAAAGUAUGGGUGAAGCAAGUUCGAGAAGCUGCAUAUGACACUACAGAUGCUCUUGACAUGUACAUGCUUCGCCUCAGAUCUAGACAUCAUCAGAGCACAAGAUUCCCUCGCCACCAAAUUGCUUCUGAAGUGAAAGGAAUCAAGUCUAGAAUCAUCAAUACUUCUGAGAGACAUCAACGAUAUAGUGACAUGCAUAGCAAAAAAGAGCAAGGCUCAAGCUCUACUCAUUCAAACAUCGCAUGGUAUCAUUGUCGUGGCGAUGCACUUCUACUCGAAGAAGCCGACCUUGUGGGCAUUGACAAGCCCAAAUCACACUUGAUUCAUUUGCUAGUGGAUGAGGAUCCUCGACUCAAGGUCGAAGAGCUUUUAAAAGACAUGAUUCGAGUUCUCUUUGAAGAAGUCAAGCAACCACUCCCACGAGGAGUGGACAGUACGGAUGCAAACAACUUGAAAGGUAUAAUUAAUGCCUUUUUGCAGCAAAAGAGUCGAGUAAUUUUGACAACAAGAAAUGUAGAUUUAGCUUCUUUUGCUAGUGAAGAAUAUCAUGGCAUGAUCUUUCUAAAAAUAUAUGGAAAAUGCGAGGGGUUACCACUUGCAAUAGUGGCAAUUAGUGGUCUAUUAUCAACAAAGGAGAAGAGUGCGGACGAGUGGGAGAUGAUUUACCGCAGCCUGGGUGCGGAACUAGAAGGAAAUGACAAACUCAAGAGCAUGAAAAAGAUAUUGUCCCUCAGUUACUUUGAUUUGCCUUACUAUCUUAAGCUAUGUUUUUUGUACUUGAGUAUUUUUCCAGAAGAUUGUCUCAUUGAUCAUUGGAGAUUAAUUCGGUUGUGGGUGGCCGAAGGAUUUGUCGAAGUGAAAGAAGGAAUGACGAAAGAAGAAGUUGCUGAGGGCUACCUCAAUGAGCUGAUGAACAGAAGUUUAGUUCAAGUGACAAGAGUCAGGCGGGAUGGAAGGUUCAAGGCUUAUCGGAUCCAUGACCUUUGGUGUGAAAUGAUAAUUGUGAAGUCGAGAGAGCAAAACAUUGUCACAAUAGCAAGUGAAAGAGGCAGGGCGUGGCUUGAGAAAUUGCGACGCCUCUCAAUCCACCAUAAUUUUGAAGAUAUUCAGGAAAGUAUUUGUUUCACUCGUCUUCGUUCUUUACUCGUGUUCAGCGCAAUAGAUUCAGUGUCCAUUUUGUCAAAGGUUGCAUCCUUAGGCAAGGGUGUAAGUCUACUAAUGGUGUUAGAUUUGAGAGGAGCACAAUUGGAAACAUUUCCUCAUGAAAUUGUGGAACUCCUUAAUCUUACUUAUCUAAGUUUGAGGGCGACCAAUGUAAAAAUGAUCCCAAAAGCGAUCGGAAAGCUCAAGAAGCUAGAAACAUUGGAUCUGAAACAUACGAAUGUCACCGAGUUGCCCGAUGAGAUCUUGAAGCUCCAACAUCUUCGCCAUCUCUUGUUGUGUCGCUACAACGUCAACAACCAGAUUUAUUUUCCUUUUCACUCUACAAUUGGCUUCAAAGCUCCGGCAGGAAUAGGAAGUUUGUUGUACUUGCAGAAACUAUGUGCUAUUGAAGCAAACCGAGGGAGUAAUAGUGGCAUCGUGGUAAGAGAGGUGGGGAAACUAGCUCAAUUGAGGAGAUUGGCCAUUACAAUGCUACAGAAGGAAGAUGGGACUAUGCUAUGUUCUUCCCUUGAGAAGCUAAAGAACCUUCGCUCGUUGUACGUUGCGGCAACAAAAGAAGAUGAGAUCAUUGAUUUAGAUUCUCUGUCUUCGCCUCCUCAACUUCUUCAAAGACUCUAUCUGAAAGGAUGUUUGGAGAAGAUACCGCACUGGAUACCAUCUCUUCACAACCUAAAAAGGGUAACCUUAAGGUGGAGUAAGUUAAAAGAUGUUGAUCCACUGCAUUCCCUUCAAGAUUUGCCCAAUUUGCUUUUUCUUGAACUUCACACAGUAUAUGAAGGAGAUGGAUUGUUUUUCAAGGCCGGUGGAUUUCAAAAGCUUAAAGAAUUGUGGUUGAUUCGCUUAGUAGGAUUGAAAUGGGUGAGAGUGGGGUCUAGUUCCAUGCCUCUUCUUGAAAGGUUCAUUCUUCAUGAUUGUAAAUUGAUGAUGGAGUUGCCCUUUGGUGUUGAACAUUUGACCAAUCUCAAAGAACUAGAAUUGUGUGAUAUGUCUGGAAUAUUAAUUUGGAGGUUGAAAAAAGACUUACAAGGUGGAGACUAUUGA